AUGCUUUGCGGAAUCUCCGGAGAAGCUCCUCAAGAGCCUGUCGCGUCCAAGAAGUCGGGAAUCGUCUACGAGAAGCGGCUGAUAGAACAGUACAUCAACGAACAUGGCUCAGAACCCAACGGCGAGGCCAUCACCGUCGAUGACUUGCUGCCCAUCACUUCCUCUCGCAUCCCACGCCCUCGCCCCCCUACUCUGACUUCGAUCCCUGCGCUCCUUGCCACAUUCCAGAACGAGUGGGAUAACCUGGCGCUGGAAACAUACAACCUGAGGGAGCAGCUGGCACGGACGAGGGAGGAGCUUGCGACGGCGCUAUACCAGCAUGAUGCCGCCGUUCGCGUCAUUGCACGACUGACAAGAGAGAGGGAUGAGGCCAGAGACUCGCUGAGCAAGGUCACCGUGACGGACGGUGCUGCCAACGGCGAGGGCAUGGUUGUGGAUAGCGUCGAAGCGCUGCCGGAAGAUCUGGCGGCCCAGGUGGACCAGAUACAUCAGAGCUUGUCCAAGGGGCGCAAGAAGCGCUCUGUCCCCGAGGGAUGGGUCUCUAGCGAAGAAGUAUCAUCGUUUGAAACUACGACAACAAAUGACCUGUCUGUUCCAAAGGCUACCUCUCUCGAUCUGGAGGGCAACUACGCCGUAGCGGCAGGAUUGGACGGGGAGGCAGCCAUCUACUCUGUGGAGGCCGACAACGUGGAAAGGACCGUACCCGUCAACGAGCCCGUGACGGACACCCUCUGGGCUGGUUCAAAGGUUUUCUUUGCGACCAGCCAGGGCAACAUCAAGGUGUACGAGGCAGGCAACGAGGUUGGCACAUUCUCCGAGCACGCUGGAGCUGCUAGCGGCUUAAGUCUUCAUCCUUCUGGCGACCUGCUCGCCUCUGUAGGCGCCGACAAGAGCAUUGUAUUCUACCACCUAGAGACGAUGAAGCGAGUCAGCCGGGCAUACGCCGAUUCUGCUUUGACAACAUGCGCGUUCCACCCCGACGGACACUUGUUUGCCGCAGGCACAGUCACUGGUGACAUUAAGCUAUACAUGACAAAGACACUCGACCAGGCCGUCGUUUUCAAGCUGGGCGCCCCGGUCCAGGCCCUCGUCUUCUCUGAGAACGGAUUCAUGCUGGCGGCCACAGCCAAGGGACAGACUAGCGUGACCAUCUUCGACCUCCGCAAAGAAGGCGACGCCGCUGUUUCCAAGGUGCUCGAGACCGGAGGCUCAGUUCAGUCACUGGCCUGGGACUACUCUGGCCAGUUCCUCGCCACCGGAGGAGCCACGGGCAUUACGGUGCAGCAGUACACAAAGUCGAGCAAGAAGUGGAGUGAGCCUCUGCGGAAUUCCGUCCCAGCGGUUGCUGUCAGAUGGGGCGAGUUGGGACAGAAGCUGGUUUCUCUCAACGGAGAGGGAGUUGUGAGCGUGCUGGGCGUCAAGAACUAG